AUUUAUAUUAUUUAAAUAUCAAAUAUAUUUUUGAUGUUUUUACGAAUCAGUCAAUGAUUGAACAAUCAUCACUAAACAAUUGUCUAACAUCAAGUAUAUAAAACAAAAAAAAACAAUGAAAAUAAAAACACAAUGGUCACAAUGGAUAGUAGCAAUUGAAAUAUUUUGGAUUUCAACAACAAUGGGAGGAGUUUUAGGAUGGAUUGUUCCAAUCCUGCCAAAAUUACUAAGUCCAACAUCUUCAGUACCAGUUGACAAUAAAGACAUAUCAAUGAUACUAACAGCACCAAAUAUUGGUCUAAUAAUUGGUGCAAUAAUAGCUGCAAUUAUUUCGACAAAAUGUGGAACAAAAACAUCAUUAAUUAUAACUAGUAUCAUCGAAUCAAUAGGCUUAAUAUUUUUAAUAUUUACAAGUUCAGUUAAUAUAUUGAUAACAUCACGUUUUGUAACUGGAUGUUCAUAUGGUAUGCUGAAUGUUGUGAUGCCAAUGUUCAUUGGUGAAAUAUCAAAUCCAUUGUAUCGUGGUGCAUUUAGUGGUCUUCGUUCAAUGGGAAAUAAUAUUGGACAAGUAACUGGCAAUGUACUCGGUGAUAAAUUAGAUUUCGAUGAAUUUGCAUAUAUCAUGAAUGUUUUCGUUGGAAUUUUUUUGUUAUCAUUUUAUUGGUUGCCACAGUCACCCUAUUAUUUUAUAUAUAACAACAAUGAUCAUAAAGCUCAUGCUGCUAUUGAAUUUUAUCGUCCAGAUAUUGAUGCAAGUACAGAAAUUUUAUCACUUAAAACAUUUAUUAAAAAAAAAAAAACAAUGUCAUUUUUAGAUAUUUAUCAUGAAUUUAUGAUUCCUCAUAAUAGACUUGGACUUUUUAAAAUAAUUGUGUUAAUAUUUUUACAACAAAUGAGUGGACCAACAACUGUCAAUCAAUAUACAGGAAUUAUUCUUGAAAAUGUUGAAUAUAAAUCAUUAAUUAUUCCAUUGAUAACAGGAUCAGGUUUUGUUGGUAGUUUAUUGUCAAUUUUAACUAGUCAUAUAUUUGGUAGAAAAAUAUUACUUUGUUUUUCGAGUAUAAUGGUUACAAUUUCACUCAGUGUACUUGGUUCUUAUUAUAUUUUACUUGAAAAUAAUAUGUUUGAUGAAAAUUUAUUAAAUUAUAUGCUUGUUGGUUCAUUGUUGUUUAGAAAAUUGUUUACAACUUAUGGAAUAUCACCUAUUGUUUAUGCGAUUCUUAGUGAAAUAUUUCCACCAAAUAUUAAAUUUUUAUCAAUAUCUAUUGUUACUAUUAUUAGUGGAUUGUUAUCAUCUUUAUCAGUGUUGUUGUAUCAACCUUUACUUGAUACAAUUGGUUAUAAUAUUUAUUUCUUUUAUGCAUUUUUAACAAUGUUGUUAUUUUUUUUUACAAUUAUUUUUCUAUCAGAAACAAAUGGAAAAACACUUGAAGAAAUUCAAAUUAUGAUAGAAACAAAACAUAAAAAAAUUAAUUACAACAUUAGAAUUAAAUUCAUCUAUCAAAUGUUGAGUGACAAAGAUAUAAAUUCGGAUAUUUCAAGUGAUGUUAAAAUAAAAAAUAAAACACAAUGGAUUGUCGGAAUAGAAUUAUUUCUAUUUGCCAACACAUUGGGUUUAAUGAUAGGAUGGACUGUCUCAGCAUUACCAAAUUUAAUGUUACCAUCAUCACCAAUAAUAAUAAAUAAAAAUGAUGCAUCAUGGAUAGCAUCAUCAAGUGAUAUCGGACGUACAAUUGGUGCAAUUAUUGGUGCAAUAAUAUCAUCAAUAUAUGGUACAAAAACAUCAUUAACAUGGGUUGGUAUUAUUGAAGCAUUUGGAUUUUUAAUUCAAGCAAUUGCAUACACAGUUGAUAUGAUUAUUGCAUCAAGAUUAAUAACAGGUUUUGCAUUAGGUAUGUCUAAUGUUAUUGUACCACUUUACAUUGGUGAAAUAUCAAAUCCAAAUUAUCGUGGUACUCUAAGUGGUUUACGUAAUGUUGGUAUGAAUUUUGGACAAAUACUGGGCAACGUACUUGGUGAUAAAUUAAGUUUAUCUGAAUUUUCAUUAUUUGUUUGUAUAUUUAUAUUUAUAUUUUUAUCAUCAUUCUAUUGGCUACCAAAAUCACCAUAUUAUUUUAUUAAAAAAAAUAAAGAUAAAAAAGCAUUUAAUGCUGUUAAAUUUUAUCGUCCAGAUGUUAAUUGUGAAAAUGAAUUAGAAACAUUAAAAAGUUAUGUUAAUAAUGAUAAAUCAUUAACUUUUUAUGAUGUACUUUAUGAAUUAAUUAAAUCACAAAAUAUUAUUAGUCUUAUUAAAAUUAUAAUUAUUGUAUUGCUAUUACAAUUUAGUGGACAAUAUACAAUGAGUUAUUAUAGUGGUAUUAUUCUUAAUGAUUAUAAAAAUAAGACAAUUAUCAUUGCAACAAUGACAGCAUUGAGUUUCAUAGCAAGUAUCAUUGGAAUGCUAACAAAUGAUAAAUUUGAAAGAAAGUAUUUACUUGGUGUGUCUAGUUUAUUUGUCGCAUUGUCAUUGGUAACACUUGGUGUUUAUUAUGUUAUUAUUGAUAAAAAUAUAUUUAGUGAUAAUAUAUUGUCUUGUUUAUUAGUUGGUUCAUUAAUAGUAAGAAAAAUAUUUUUAAGUUAUGGUGUAAGUAUUUGUCUUGGUACAUAUAUGAGUGAAAUAUUUGCUCAAAAUGUUAAAUUUAUUUCACUUUGUAUUGUUAACAUUGUCAGUGGUUUAACAGCAUCAAUAUCAACUAAAAUUUAUCAACCAUUGUAUGAUAUUAUUGAUUAUAAUAUUUAUUUUUUAUAUGGUGCAUUUAUGAUUGCACUUUCUAUUUAUGCAUUUUUAUUUUUACCAAAAACAAAUGGUAAAAGUUUACAAGAAAUACAAGAAAUGUUAAAAAAAUAA